AUGAUUUUUCAACUUGCCUCUUGGCUGAGGGAUCUUCCGCUCCUUCCAUGGGCUCGUACUCGAACGAAGCCGAUUCCGCACCACCAACGACGAGGACUUCCCUGUGCCAAGUACCUGCUGUGGCACUACUCGCAGUGCGUGAUGACCCACAUACGCGCCAUCGCCGUCGCCGAGUGAGCACGAUCCGCAACGCCCGUGCGCAGAUGCGGAUGCUGACUUUACUAGCCUACGGCUACCCUUCAGGCCUCGGCCCGUGCACCCUGUAGAUUAA